AUGCCGACCCCUGCCCACUCCAUCCACAUCCUGGGACUGGGCAGUAUCGGGACUUUCAUUGCCCACUCACUGCGUUCUCUAUCUACUCCGCCCCCAGUCACGCUACUGGCUCAUCGGAAGGGACUGUACGACGAAAUCGCAUCCAAUGGAUGGAAACUCGGCCUUCGAGUUGGAGAAAAUGGCACUUUGGACCAGAGAGAGGGCUUUGAGGCUGAGCUGCUGAGCGAGUCAACCUCAUCCGACCAUAUUCAUAACCUGAUUGUUGCCGUCAAAGCCUCCGCGACGGUCUCCGCUCUGGAACCCAUUCGUCAUCGCAUCGGACCGCAAUCGACUGUUUGCUUGUUUCAGAAUGGUCUCGGACAAAUCGAAGACCUCAACCAACGAGUUUUCGUGGAUCCGUCUACUCGGCCAACUUACAUGUUCGGUAUCAUGCGCCACGGCGUCUACCUCCGGUCUCCUGUAGAAGCUAUCCUGUCGGGGACAAGCGGAACUGCAGCACUUGGUAUUGUGGACAGCCAAAAGAAAAGUGCACAGCAGCCACAAUCUCAGUAUAUAUUGGAUACAUUACUUCAAUCCACAGCCCUCCACUGCGAAAAGAUGGAAUGGCCUGAUCUAUUCCGCGUCCAACUGCUCAAGCUGGCAUCUAAUUGCGUCCUAAAUCCUCUGACCGCACUCCUCGAUGUCCGAAACGGGUGCAUCAAGGAUAAUAUUGACCUCCAACCCUUACAACGACGCCUUUUGGAGGAAAUUUCCGCAGUUUUUCAAAAACUGCCGGAGAUGCAGGAACUUUCCCUUAAUCGUGAUCAGUUUUCGACGGAUUCGCUGGAGUCUGUUCUGCGUGAUACCAUCGAGAAAACCGCGCAGAACUCAAGUAGUAUGCGCGAGGAUAUUCUGAAGCGGCGAAGCACUGAAAUUCAAUAUAUCAAUGGGUGGAUUGUCCGUCGUGCUAGGGCUAUGGGCAUUGAUUGCGAGGCAAAUUCCUCUAUUACCCAACUUGUGCUAGCCAAGAGUGGGUUCACUAUGACCGGAAAUUGA